AUGCAUGGCAAACCCCACCAUAUCAGUUUUCCUGAUGGAACUAAUUUGACGGUUGGCGAUCUAAUGUCUCUUGUGGAAUCCAAAUUCAAUAUUCGACGAAACGCACAAAAGCUUAUAUUCAGUGGCAAGUCUCUCGUUGAAGAAAGCACGAGCUUGGCUUCCUAUAAUAUUAGAUCCGGUUCCAAAAUUAUGCUCAUUGGCAGGGUUGAAAAGACGGACCCGUUAGAACUACAAAAGCUGUCUGAUCUUGAGGAAAAUGUACCCACGUUAUGUUCUGAAUUUGACGAAUUAAAAUCGAAGCAGGAUAGUUCCUCAAAAACUAUUUUGAAAUUUACGGAAGUUUGUAUGAAAAAACUCGAGUUAGCUGAUUCCGUCGUCCUUCCUCCUGCAGCUCAGGAAGAUCGAAAAAGACGAAAAGAUGUGGUCAACUCUUUAAAUGAGUUAAUAACUUCCGCGGAAGCAUUGCUUGCUAGCUUGGAGGGCCCAAAUGAAUUGAAAAAAUAG